AUGAGCUCGGAGAAGAAAGAGCAACACCGCGAAGAAGAUAACGGCAAAGCUGACGGUGACGUGAACAGAGGGAAAUCAUCGUCAAUGGAAGUUGUCCGGACGGUAACGGAGGAAGAGGUGGAUGAGUUUUUCAAGAUAUUACGGAGAGUACACGUGGCGACACGGACGGUUGCGAAAGUUAACGGCGGUGAUGAUGGACGAGAGUUACCGUCAAAGAAGAGGAAACGGAGUCAGAGUCUUGAGUUGAGAAACUCAUUGGAUAGUAACGGCGUUCGAGACGGAGCGUUCGAUGGAAUGAAUCGGGUCGGGUUACGGAAUUCGGGUUUGGAUCUGAACUGUAAACCGGAACCCGACGCCGUUAGUUCGUAA